AUGCCUUCUCACUUCGACACUUUGCAGCUGCACGCCGGUCAGACCGCUGAAGCUCCACACAAUGCCAGAGCUGUUCCUAUCUACGCUACCUCGUCUUACGUUUUCAGAGACUCUGAGCACGGUGCCAAGCUGUUCGGUUUGGAGGAGCCAGGUUACAUCUACUCUCGUUUGAUGAACCCUACUCAGAACGUCUUUGAAGAGAGAAUUGCCGCUUUGGAGGGUGGUGCCGCUGCUUUGGCUGUUGGAUCCGGUCAAGCUGCUCAAUUCCUGGCUAUUGCUGGUUUGGCUCACACUGGUGACAACGUCAUCUCCACCUCUUUCUUGUACGGUGGAACUUACAACCAAUUCAAGGUCGCCUUCAAGAGACUGGGAAUUGAAUCCAGAUUUGUCCAUGGUGAUGACCCAGCUGAAUUCGAGAGACUGAUCGAUGAUAAGACCAAGGCCAUCUACGUUGAGUCCAUUGGUAACCCAAAGUACAAUAUUCCAGAUUUUGAGGCUCUCGCAGAGCUUGCCCACAAGCACGGUAUCCCAUUAGUUGUUGACAACACCUUUGGUGCCGGUGGUUACUACGUUAGACCAAUCGAGCUUGGUGCUGACAUCGUCACCCACUCCACCACUAAGUGGAUCAAUGGUCACGGUAACACCAUCGGUGGUGUUGUCGUUGACUCUGGUAAGUUCCCAUGGAAAGACUACCCAGAGAAGUACCCUCAAUUCUCCAAGCCAUCUGAGGGUUACCACGGUUUGAUCUUGAAUGACGCCUUUGGACCAGCUGCCUUCAUUGGUCACUUGAGAACUGAACUGCUAAGAGAUUUGGGUCCUGCUUCAAGUCCAUUCGGUAACUUCUUGAACAUAAUCGGUUUGGAGACCUUAUCUCUGAGAGCUGAGAGACACGCUGAGAAUGCUUUGAAGCUGGCCAAAUACUUGGAAACCUCUCCAUACGUCAGCUGGGUCUCUUACCCUGGUUUGGAGUCUCACGACUACCACGAGGCCGCUAAGAAGUACUUGAAGAACGGUUUCGGUGCUGUAUUGUCUUUUGGAGUCAAGGAUCAUGGCAAGCCAGCGCUCACUCCCUUCGAAGAGGCUGGUCCUAAGGUUGUAGACUCCCUGAAGGUUUUCUCCAACUUGGCUAACGUUGGUGACUCCAAGUCUUUGAUCAUUGCUCCUUACUACACUACUCACCAACAGUUGUCUCACGAGGAGAAGCUGGCUUCCGGUGUCACCAAGGACUCUAUCCGUGUUUCUGUCGGAACAGAGUUCAUCGAUGAUCUUAUUGCAGACCUUGAACAGGCCUUUGCCCUUGUUUACGAGGAGGCAAACACAAAGUUGUGA